UGUUGGAAGACCGAGAAGAUGAAAUGACCGGUGUGGAAGUGUCCGACGGAGGGAAUGCCGAAGAUGCUAAAUAGACCGAUAUGUCAAAAAUAGUAAUCGUAGUUAAACGUUGAAAACAAACAAGAUCUUUCCGACCAGUCGAUAACACAAACGGAAAUGGCUGGGAUUAUUAAAAAGCAAAUCUUGAAGCAUUUGUCGAGGUUCACCAAGAACCUGUCACCGGACAAGAUCAACCUGAGCACGCUGAAGGGGGAAGGGCAACUGUCCAACCUAGAGCUGGAUGAGGAGGUGCUGCAGAACAUGCUGGACCUCCCCACGUGGCUGGCUGUGACACGCGUCUACUGCAACAAGGCCGCCAUUCGGAUACAAUGGACCAAGCUGAAGACCAGCCCUAUCUGCCUGUUCCUGGACAAGGUGGAGGUGGAGAUGCGGACCUGUGAGGAACCCCGGGCCCCCAAUGGUCCGUCCCCCAUAGCCAUUACUGAAGGUCAAAGCGAGUAUGGUUUUGCCGAGAAGGUGGUAGAGGGCAUGUCGAUCAUCAUCAACUCCAUCACCAUAAAGGUUCAGGCGAGGGCUUUCCACGCCUCCUUUGAGCUGUGGCAGCUGCAGGGCAACAGCCUGAACCCCAAGUGGCAACGCAGCGACCUCCGCUACACGCGCAUCACCGACCCCAAGAGAGGAGAGGUGCUGACGUUUAAGGAAAUCAACUGGCAGAGUCUGCGAAUCGAGGCAGAUGCCAUGGAGAGCGAGGAGCAGGACUUGGGCAGCACACCCUUACGUCUUAUCACUAAUCAGGGACGAAUCCGCAUUGCGCUCAAGCGAAGGGUGAAGGACUGCAAUGUUCUGGCCUCUAAGCUGUUCUUCAUCCUGGAUGACCUGCUGUGGGUGCUGACGGACUCUCAGCUCAAGGCCAUCAUCCACUACGCCAAGUCCCUGAGUGAGGCCAUGGAGAAGUCUGCCCAGCAGCGGAAGAGUAUGGCUGCUGACUCCCUGCAGACUGCCCCUCCAUCUCCAGGCAUUCACACGCUGUGGACCGACCCGCCUCCCACCUCCACACCAUCACGGACCCCCAACACGCUGGGUCAGUACUUUGACCUCCAUGACGUGAAGGAGUCCUCCUACCACACGUUCAUCUCUCGCCUGGACCUCCACAUCUGCAACGACAGCUCCUCAGUGGACUCAGACUCCGAUGAACCUCCACCCAGGGGCUCUCAGGGAGCCAUGCAGUUGACCUUCCGCAAGCUGGGCCUGGAUUACUACCCCAUCCACCGACCAGGUGACGGCUGUCGCCAUUGGGAGCGCCACUGUAGCGCCAUGGAGGCGAGGGCCCAGUGGGCGGCCAAGCUGCUGCAGGAGUUCCAGAGCCGCGUCGAGGCCUCGGGCAUCCCUGGCCCCCACUCGGAUCCCUCGGCGCCCGCACCUGCCAGGGAAUCCCCCGCCAAAAAGGCCCAGGACGGAGAGCCGGUCCCUAAAUCCAGCCCCCCUGACCGGGAGCAGACCUCCCGUCGGAGCUCCACGGCCCCCACCCCUGCAUCUGUCCCCCUUUCCUCGGGGACCCCUCUGAAAAGGCUACGUUCCAGCUGUGUGGUGGUCCGGGUGGACGACCUCGACAUCCAUCAGGUUAGUUUUUCAGGUGUCCAUAGCAAAAAGACUCAGUCCCUCCUCUCGUGCAACCGCAAGGCUCUUCACCUGGCCGACAACGUCCCGGCCAUCCACCUGCAGUUCACCGAGUACUACUUCCCCAACAACACCGAUCUGCCUAUUCCCUACUCCAACCUGUACGGUCAGGUGAACGGCCUGCAGCUGUGCGUGGACCCGCCAAGCGUGUUGUGGAUGAACACGUUUGCCCGAGGCCUGCUCCGCACCCUGGACCAGGUCAAGGCCUUCUACCACCUCCAGGACAGCAGCAAGAGCGAUGAACAUGUGGAUCUACGUAUGGAUGUUUCACAGCUGAAGCUCAUUAUCCCUCUAGAAUCUUCCAUCCUGGACCAUCCAGACCGACCUCAGUCUCUCAGCAUCUCCGUCCCCCAGAUGGUCCUCAGCAACACGCGGCAUGCUCCCCACGGCUCCCGUGCCGACCUGGCCAGCACAUACCAGUCUUUCUCGUCUCUCCCGUUCUUCCAGCGGGCGGCGCCUCCGUCUGCAUUCCCCUGUGACCGGUCUAGCUUCCACCCGCUGCCUCACGCCUUCCUGCAGCUCUCCCAGGAGCAAGCGCCCUGGCCCCUGCUGGACAGGAGGCCUCCGCGAUCUCAGGACAUCUGGUCGUUCAGCCUGUCGCGGGCGACACUUAGCUUCGAGGGGGCCCGCCGCAGCCCCAAGGGCAAAACCCAGCCCUUCGUGGAGCCGUUCGCCAUGGCCGUGUGGAUGUGCCGCCCAGACGCCUUCAAGAACGGAGUCCGCCUUUCCCCCACCACCGAGCUAGCUCACUCUGAUCUCACCAGCCCACACAGCAACCACCUCGGCCAGACCUCCGGCCAGCAGAACGGAGUCGGGGAGGACGCGCCCCGCUCCGCUCCCACUGGGGAAGCCCCGGAGCAGGUCGGGGGAGACCCUCCGUCUGCCUCCGUCCACAUACUGGCCCAGUCAGUGACGCCCCUGAAGGUGUGGCUCAACCACUUCCAGUACGUGGCGCUGCUGCGCAUGAAGGACACUCUGGCGCAGCUUGGUGCCGAGCUGAGCCGGAGCGCGGGCGACUCGGGGCCGGCAGAGAGGCGGCAACGGGGCGGACGCCUGUCAUCGGAGGAGGAGGAGGAGGAAGAGGAGGAGGACGAGAAGGAGAAGGAGGAGGUGAAGGGUCAGCGGAAGCCCCCCAGUGUCUGUGUGGCCUUCCUGACGGACGGCGUGGAGCUGGGCCUCCUGCUGCCCAUGUCGGCCCACCAGCCCGAGGAGGAGGAGGCGCGCUCGCCGGGGGAGACAGAGAGCCCCAGCAUGAGCGACUCGGACGUCUCGCCCACCCACCGUGGCUCGGAGCCCGGGCCGCUGGAGGACAGCGGCAUCGGGGGCAACGGCAGCACGGCGCCGGCCGGCGGCGCGGGGGAGCAGGACGAGGAGCAGGAGGGCUCCGUGGAGGAGGCGUGCGAGGCGCUGGAGGAAGCCCUCGACGGGGAGGGCGAGAAGGGGGAGGGGUCGCUCAACACGGCGACCGGGCAAACUGCGCUGUCACCGCCGUUGUCCCCCGGUGCCGCCGGCAACAUGCCGAGAGACGCUUCCGCCUUCAGCUUGGAGGGGGAGCUGUCUAGCGCCCUCAACGCCACCAAGGACGUGACCAAGGACGCUUUGAGUGCCUCUCUGGACCUGACCAAAGGGGCCUUCUCCAUCACGAAGGACGCCUUCAGUAUGCUGGGCCGAAGUUCAGGCAUGACCAAGAUGCUCUUCAACUCACCAGCCAAGGAACUGUCUCGGCCCGAGGAGUCCAGUCCAUCUCUGCUGGGCAGUCUGCGGCUACAGACGAUGAAGCAGUCUCCAUCGCAGCACUCGUUUGACAGUGCCAUACUGGACGGAAGCCUGCCCGACGACCGGCUGUCUGUGUGCAGUGACACCAGUGAGAACUUUGCCAUCCUCAUGGACUCAGAGUCCGGUGUGGAGUCCAUGCGGCCUGAGAGCAUAGUGGGUGUGCUGCUCAGUCGGGGCAGCCCUGCACCAGGCACGGAGGCCGGCUCCUCCGCUGACCUCAGCAGCUCUCUGUCUCAGAGCAUAGAGGACAUCAGUCAGGACAUGGCCUCCGUGCUGCUGCUGUGCCUGAGCGGGGUGGGCAGCGUGUCGGAGCUGAAGGGGGAGGACGUGGUGGUGGCCUUGGAGGCCCAGGAGAUGACGCCCAGGACACUGGGCAACCAGAGGGUCUCAGUGCUCCUGUCGGGCAUGACUCAGGGUGGUGUGUCAUCUCCUAUAAGGCCCCUGUCCCCUGCCCACCGUCCCACCCGCAGUUCCUCCUCCCCUCCAGUAGUGGCACUGCGCAUGGAGAUGGGGCCCGCCGCCGCUCGCCACAGCCCCCUGUCGGAGAGCGCGGGCUUCCUGGAGCUGCAGGUGGUGGGCUGCCGGGCCGAGCUGCUGGCCUCCUCUCUCGGGGGCCUCGGGCCCUUCCUGGAAGACGAGCUGGCCGCUGACGUGCAGCCCAUGAAGAUCCGACUCCGAGAUACCGUCCUCAAGCUCAAGGAUAACGGUCCCCGGGUAUACCCCACGGCCCCCCAGCCUGUGCCUGUGGUCUUCAGUUUGGAUGGAGUGGUCCUGGAGCGCUCGGACGACGGCGUCUUCAGCCUGAGACCGGGUGAUAACCAGUCUGAGGCCGAGGGGACUGUUUCCACGGCAGCGUGUCGGGAGAAUGGACAGCGACACUGCAGUGAUGCCACAGAACACAACAAGCCCCAUGAGUCAGAGCUCUCUGAGGCCCAGGUUGCCCUCGCUCAAGCUCUGCUGGACCGAGAGCGCCUCCUGCUGGAAGUCCAGAAGUAUGACCCUACGUUCACCCUCUGAGCUCCCUCACAGAACAGGCCAGCAGGGGGUGAUAUACAACUGCUGAAGUUAUUGAGAAUCCGCUGAAGUGCCACAGAACAAACUCUUUCUAAUGGGUGUUAGGGGAAAAGAGAAGACAAUGACAGACAAGAAAAACAAACUAAAUUUAAAAAUAUGUAUAUUUUAUCAGCAAAUAGAGCAUGGGGAUGACUGUGGCUUAUAAUUCUGUUAGGGUUGUGUUUUUGUUUUGUAUGGAAAGAUUCUGGGAGCUUGUGUGAAGAAUGUGUUGACAUCUAACCAUUUUUCAUCUUAACCUUGAUGACCUUAUGUUGGCGGUGUCUUCUCACGGUACAUGGUGGACAGACAAGACAUGUUCUCUUAAUUUCCUAGUCAUUUUAGAAUAUGGUUGAAAUCAAUUGCACAUGCACUGUUUCACUGCCGAAGAACUCGUUAUGUUCCCUUCCCACUUUCCUGUAAUUUGUGUUUCAGUGUGUGCGCCUGUGUGUGUAAUCUUCACUAGUGUCCGGUGUGCCGGACUAAUUCCAUUAGUAUUACAAAUUUGGCCUAGUGUGGGCCUGCUAACAUCUCCCGUAGGUCAUAUAGUGGGUACAGAAUAGCUGGAUGUAGUGGGUAUAUCCAUAGAAUUUACUUGCCUUGGUAUAUUAGUUGUGUAUAUAUAUGUUAUCAUAGGCUGCUAUUUAGAUGCAUCAAUGCAAUUCUAUGUAGGAAGGACCACUAUGGUAUUAAGGAGAUAAGGAGUCAAGAAAAAUAAUAAGCACUUUGAAGCAGACCUCUAUCCUGUUUUGAGUGACGGGUACAUCACAUUACUGUUGUAUUAGUUUACAGUGUUAUUUGUAGAUUUAGAAAAGCUUUACUCCAAGCCUUCAGUAUUCUUAACCGAUUUGAGCUCAUUCAAGUCACUGCAAAAAGUACUUGAAAACAAUCUGUUACAGUCAAGCACACAGAGAGAUAAAUAUGCGUUUAAGAUGUACACGGGUAACUAAUGACUACUUGCCUUGUUAAUUUCUAUAGUUAGUAGGGGAAGCUAGUCAUUUAGUUUUUUGUCCAUAGAUUAAAUGUAGUGUUUGGUAAAGGUCAAGUUAGUGUCAACAUAGAUCGCAAUGCCUUGCAUAGUGUCUUGUUUCAGUGGAUGAAGGAUGAAGGGUAACUCUGAAACAUGCUCCUAGUUUUUGGAGUCUCUGAUCACGUUAGCCCCCACAUAGCAGAGUUCCUCAGUUUGUGCGUCAUUCUGCUAAAGUGAUUUGGUUUGAUUUAUGAACUGCUGUCUAGACAAGCUAGUAACAUCUUCCUUUCUUCUUGUACAUUUAAAAAUAUUAAUUUAUAGUUGUCAGAUGUAGCAAGACAGACAUCUAUCAAAAUGUUCUUGCCAGUUGCUGGCUGUAUAGAUUGUCUGUUUUCUGUGUGCUUCUUUGCACAUGAAAUGCCUAGUCUCAAGGACAAAGAAAAAUAAUAGCCCUCUGUAAAAUAUGGGUGCCAUAUUGGAUACAGCAAAAGCACUCUGAACAUACUCAAUGCCAAAUAUUUUUACUUUUAUAUAUUUUGGAUUUCAAUUUCUGUAAAAUUCCUUGUUUAGAAUGUUUGGUCAUGUUGCAUAUGAAAUGUUCUACAAAAAAAAAAACUUGUGUAAUAUAGAUACCUGAGGCAGAUGAUAAACAAAUUAGUCAAUACUUUUUUGGGUUAAUUUCGCACAAUGUGUUUCCCUGAUUGGACAAAUGUUGGACAUGCAUAUUUUUUCAACUCAAAUUUAUUGCGAGCUAGUGAUUUCCUGAGAGAAAUAUUUCCUCCUUAUACAGGAGUCUUCCCAAGGUCAACAAGGGUUCUGCAAAGUCUCAGUGUUGUGAAGGUAUUAAUAUGGUUCAAUGUAAACAAGACGAGCGCACCAUUUUUAAACAACUAAAACAGAUUGAUCGUGGGUAACUAUAGGUGGAGGCCUUAUGCAUAUAUGGCUUACAGGUUUAAUGCAAAGUUUACAGUUCUACACAAGUCCCUUGCCAAAUGCCCAAGUCCCUUGCUUGCUUACCCACAGUUCACCUCUGUGUGGAUGCCUUUUCAUUGGGCACACUGCUUUACAUUGAUCCGUACCAGUGCCUUUCAACCCUCCCAGGGCAACAACCAAGCCCCAGUGGAGGAAGGAUGGGUGGGGAGGGAAGGGUGAGGUGGCAUCAGUGCAUGGUGGUUAUUCAAGUACUGUAGCCCUUCCAGCAUCAUGCCUGACUACUGCUAUCAGCAAACUGUAGGUAUUGUAUAAAGAGCAAUAUGUAACAAUUAUAUACAUAACAGAUGUAUAUGGAAAAAGACACAAAACAUGCAUGCCAUGAAGAUCCAGUGUUUUAUUUAGUUUUUUUUCUGGUUUUGUGUCAGUGAGUUGACAGUGUAAUUUCCUAGAUUGUUGUUUAAAAAACACUAUCUCUAAGUUAACUGUAUUUUUCUCGAGUUAUUUGUGCUCAUUUGUUUAGGGAAUUCCGAUCUCUCUAGCAUGCUAGUUUCAUUCACUUUUUGGAUUUGUGCUGACCUCUUUUCAUAAAUUAAGUUGGGAGUUUAACACAUUAGGGCAACGAUGAUUAGAAAUGGCUGUUGCCAUCCAGACUAGAGCUGUUUUUUUUUAAAUUAUUAUUUGUCUUCUCAUUCUGCAUGAUUUGUGUUUCAGUCGUGCAGAUCAAGGUCACAGUGGAUGUGAGUGUGUGCUGAAGCAGAAAUUUGUUGUCUCUUAUUUCAGCCAUUAGAUUCAGUGCUCUGAAGUAAGCAGCACUCUGGGGCAGCAUUUUGACAGUGUUUUUCUGUAGUCACAGCACUGAUAAUUACAUAGAGUAGACACCUUCUCUCCCAGCCAGGCAGACAGGUUUGUAAACGUCUUUCAAGGAAGGGUCAUUGUUGGUGACGGGAUUUCAGAGAUGUUGCUUCAGUGGUGUGUGCUGGGCAUUGGUCAGUGGACUGGUAAAUGAUUGUUGAAGUAGUCAUUUCCUUUCUAAGCAGCAGUGGCUCCUCUGUUGGAGGGUGUUGAAUGGAAUGGGUCAGAUUUGGACAUGGACAUGGUUUAUCCUCAGAGAAUGAACCUCUCUGCUCCAGAUACUGCGAUGUGGACUAGACUAAUUCCAGUCCAGUCCUGUCCAGAUUUUGUUUGCAAGUUCUUCUUUUGUCUCCUGUUUAUUUUAAUUUUAUUUUUUAUAACACACAGGUACAGAUCUAACAGUGUUAAUUUUUUGUUGUGUCUGUAUUUGCCUAUGAAUCAUUUGCUUCUGAAUUUCCAUUGUGAACAUGUUCAUCUAGUGGCCUUGGUUGUUAACAUCCCUAGUGUGGAAUAUAGAUUCCCCCUUUCCAUUGGAAAUCAAAGAUAGAGAGGGUCUGUGGUACCCUGCCCGUUCACAUUUCAAACUCUGUAUUUUAGCAAGAAUGGCUUUCGUCCUUUGCCUUCACAGGCCAGAGGUUUUUGAAUGAGUACACGCAGCAGUAUUAUAGAGUAGUAUAGUAGUAAGUAGUCAAGGUUGUCAAAUACAUAGUUCAGUAGGCCAUUAAGCAUGUAUACUGGAGGUGAUAGCACGGAACAUUUAAUCUUCUCACAGGUGCAUCUCGUUGCCAUGGACUUUUUCCACAACACAAUUUACAGCCUGAGCCGGCAAACAGCCAUGUUUCAUCUGACUUAUCUCCUAUAGACAAAAAUUACCCAUAACUCAGUUGUGCCUCAAUUAUAUGUUAGGGGUAUUCUUUGUUCCACACAAAAAAAUGUUUCCAAAAUCAUUAUACUUCCAUUUUUUAAUGAUUCUCUUGUAUUAUGAUAAUGAUGGUGUUAACUUUAUGGGUUUCAGUUAUAUUGACACCCAAUAUUACAACUGGAAAGAAUGUUGUGUGUGAAAUUAAGAUUUUCUGGACUGGACCCCCUUGUGUAAACAGAAAUGUGUUAUGUAGGAAAGAAAAAAAAAAAAAGUAGAGCAUAUCAGUUGUUGACCGCAAUUCAAAGAGGGUCUUGAUCCUUUAGUAUGGAGACAACUCAUUGUCCAUUUUACUCCACUGUCACACUGUGUUCACUAGUUGCUAUGAUACUUCCUUUUAGACUGCACUACUUGGGGUUGAGAACUUGAGAUCUCCUUAAUGUGUUUCUUCAUUAUAAUUGCAUGCAGGUGAGCCAUGUUUAUAAUGGAACUCCUUCCCCCUAGAGUGUUUUGUGUGUGUGUGUAUGUAUGUAUGUAUGUAUGUAUGUAUGUAUGUAUGUAUGUAUGUGUGUGUGUGUAAAUCUCCAUUGUUCUCUGAGGUUUAAGACUUUGUACCAUCAUCACACCUUAUACUGUAUGUCAGAUUGGUUCUGUGAACCAUCGCUUUGUGUGAAAGAUAUGACAAAGCUAAAUUAAUUAAAAAAAGUUUAACUACUUAUCCUCAC